AUGAGGAGCUGUGGACCAGGCUGUGUACCAGAGUGUGGACCAGGCAGUGAGCCAGGCUAUGGGCCAGAGUGUGGACCAGGUAGUGGGCCAGGCUGUGGGCCAGGCUGUGGACCAGGACCAAACUCAGAGCCAGGCUACGGAUCAAGCUGUGACCCUGACAGUAAACCAGACAGCGAAUCCGACAGCAAACCAUGCAGUGAACCCAGCAGUGAAUCCGACAGUGAACCCGACAGUGAACCUGAUAGUGAGCCAAGCUGUAAAAUAAAGCUUUCCAAUACGGUCUCGAACUCGGCUGGCAGACCCGUGGCUACCAUCCCCGGCUGA